GGAGGCGGCGACAGCGGCAGCAGCAGGCGCCGCCGGGACGGGCACGGGCGCGCGGGCUCGGGCGGGCGCCGGCUGCCUCCUCCCUCCCUCGUCGCUUGCUCGCUCGCUCGCUCUCCGGCCCGCUUGCUAGCCGGCCGGGUGCAGAGCUCGCUACAGCGUUCUCGGGAAGGAAGAAGUGGGGGGCCGAGGACGCCGACAAGUUCCAGCAGUGCCGGGAAUCCGGGCCAAGGCGGUGGCUGCGGUUCCGACGGGGCAGGAGCGCGCUCCGUGGCGGAGCGCACGGCCAGAGCGUCCGAGGAGGGGGGCGCCCGGGCCUUUAGUUAUCUGUGGGGCCGCGGCCGGAUCCCAUGAGACGCGCCCGCGAAGGGCACGAGAUCCGAAGCCUGGGAGGCGCGCGGAGGAGGCGGAGGGCGGUGCUGCAGCGGCCGGAGCCCGGGAGCGGCCGGCAGGAGGCGGAGGAGAGAACUUGAACUUGGCGUCGGGAGCGGGCGCCCCGGACGCCCCUCGCCGGGGCGGGGGCGCCGAGGGACCUGGGCGGCAGCACUGCCCCCCGAAUGGCCGCGGCGGCGGACCCGGCUCCCGCGCCGCGGCCCUAGGCGGCCUCUCGCCAUGGCCAAGUGGCUGAACAAGUACUUCAGCUUGGGCAACAGCAAGACUAAGAGCCCCCCGCAGCCGCCGCGGCCCGACUACCGCGAGCAGCGGCGCCGGGGCGAGCGGCCCUCGCAGACCCCCCAGGCCGUGCCGCAGGCCCCCUCGGCCACCUCGGCGUCCUGCGGUACGGCCGCCGCCUCCUGCUUCUCGGCCUCAUCGGGAUCGCUGCCCGACGACAGCGGCAGCACUAGCGACCUUAUCCGCGCCUACCGCGCACAGAAGGAGCGCGACUUUGAGGACCCCUACAACGGGCCCGGCUCGUCUCUGCGCAAACUGCGCGCCAUGUGCCGCCUGGACUACUGCGGCGGCGGGGAGCCAGGCGGGGGGCAGCGUGCCUUCUCGGCCUCGUCCGCGACGGGCGCCGCGGGCUGCUGCUGUGCCGCCUCUGGCGCGGGCGCCGCCGCGUCCUCGUCCUCGUCCUCGGGCUCCCCUCACCUCUACCGCAGCAGCAGCGAGCGGCGGCCCGCCACGCCAGCCGAGGUGCGCUACAUCUCCCCCAAGCACCGCCUCAUUAAGGUGGAGAGCGCCGCGGGCGGUGCCGCAGAACCCUCGGGGGGCUCCUGCUCAGGCGGUCGCACCUGGAGCCCGACGGCCUGCGGAGGCAAGAAACUGCUCAACAGGUGUGGCGCCUCGGCCGCGGAAGAGAGCGGUGCCGGCAAGAAGGACAAGGUGACCAUCGCUGAUGACUACUCAGAUCCCUUUGAUGCCAAGAAUGAUCUGAAAAGCAAAGCAGGAAAGGGGGAGAGUGCUGGCUACAUGGAGCCCUAUGAGGCGCAGAGGAUCAUGACAGGCUUCCCCUGGGAGGCCCAGCUGAGCUCGAAGGCUGUCAUGCAGAAUUUCAGAGGCAGGAAAGCGUCCGGUCCCAGCACAAAGGCAUCCAAUUAUACGAUACCCCUUACGAACCCGAGGGCCCAAGCAUGGACUCCGACUCAGAGAGCACGGUCAGCCCCCAACUGCGGGAGAGCAAGCUGCCCCAGGAUGACGACAGGCCCGCUGAUGAAUACGACCAGCCAUGGGAAUGGAACCGGGUCACCAUCCCAGCUCUGGCAGCCCAGUUCAAUGGCAGUGAGAAACGGCAGUCAUCCCCCUCGCCUUCCCAGGACCGGCGGCGCCAGCUUCGAGCUCCCGGAGGGGGCUUCAAGCCCAUCAAACAUGGGAGCCCCGAGUUCUGUGGGAUCCUGGCAGAGAGAGUGGAUCCUGCUGUCCCACUGGAGAAGCAAAUAUGGUAUCACGGAGCCAUCAGCAGAGGAGAUGCGGAGAACCUGCUGCGACUCUGCAAGGAGUGUAGCUACCUUGUCCGGAACAGCCAGACCAGCAGGCACGACUACUCCCUCUCCCUGAAGUUGCUGUUUGGGAAAGUUUCACUUUUAGGUGUCACACAAAGGUUGUGAGGAACACUGGGAAGAGCCAGGAAGAACCUUGCUGGCAUUAUCACCUGUCAGGUCUUUCUGGAUACGAGGCCAUUGCUUUCAGGAUAGGUGGCCCUGCCAUAAGAAAAGGGUUUUUUGAUUGAGGGCUUCAUCAUUUAGUGCCGUUACUGACUGGAUGGAACCCAGCGGAUUGUCUGAAACCCAUUUUACAGACAGGAAAACUGAGGCCUGGAGAGAGGACGGAUUUAAAGAAUUAGUGACAGAACUGGGGCAUAAACCCAGGCCCUUCAGCCAGCACAGACCAUCAGGAGUGGUGCAGCCCUCUGCCUGCUUCCUUUCUGCUCUACUCACCAUUGUUCAAGGCCAUGUGAUGGAGAGAGGGCCUGCUGGGAUGCAGCUGUCAGGAGAGCCCUGUGCAGGCCGGGUUGUGUAGUCAGUAGGGUCAGUGCAGCCAAGGAGAGAGAGAUUGGCCUGUGUUCUCUGCUCAGGACUGACCCCACCUGAGAGGGACAGUGACAAACUGCAGAGCAGAGCCUGGGCAGGAAGCAGAGGCACUGGAAGUCCGCCUGGAGAAGGGAGGGUGUGUGGAGACUUGGGGACACCACAGAUCUCUCAAGGACAUCAGGGCAGACGUGGUAGAUGGGAGAGUUAUGGGCAGGCAGAUUCCAGGUCAGUGAGAGGCGCAGUUCUCUAACAGAGCCAAUCAGGAAUCAGAACGAUCCAAAGCUGCCUCAAGAAGUAGCGAGUAUCUCAUCACUGGGGGUGUGUGCAGCCAGGAGCCGGACAACCGCCUUGCCAGGGAGGACGUGGAGGGGAUUUCUAAGCAGCUGGGAGGGCACUCAGGACAAACGGCACAUGCAUGCUUCAUCGUCCACCAUCAGGCCUGACAGCUUAAAGAAUCAGGCCAGUUAUUGCAGCCCAGGAAAAUUCAAUACACUAAACCGUGGCUGGGCUGGAGGCGGCCAAAGCCAGAGGGCCACAGUGGGGUCAGGUGCACACUGCUGGCUGUGCUGCCUGGGGCCAGGGGGUCUUCAACUCCCCACUGCUCCAUGCAGCCCCCUCCCUCCCUUACUGUUCGAGGUAACCUGGCAACCCGGGUGCCCAUGAAUGAUGCUUCCAGAUCUUCACCUUCCCGCCUCAAGGUGAAUUGUGCCUUUCUGGACUGCAAGAGAGGUAAAAGAAGCAAGUGACAUCAGAGAUGGGACUCCUGUGUCACCACCUUUCCCUGGUGACCCAGACAGCCUGCCCACGCCCUGGGCUUCCUCACUCUCAUCACGCUGGCAAUCUCUGAGUUCCUCAGUGGAUCUCAUUCUUCCUGGAAUUCUGUCGUCUGGGACCAGGCCAGAGGCGUCUUCCCGAGAGGGCUGAUUGAAUGCACAGAGAAAAGGGUGGGGCUCCCCGUGCCAGGCCCAGUCGUUCAUCAUGAGGGCCAGGGCCCCAUCGCACUUCUGUUCAUUCACUGGGCGCGUGCUGGGCCCCUGCACUGGGCAGGCCUGGCUGAACAUUGGGGCCCCUGGUGACCCCACCACAGCCCUGCCUGCAAGGAAGAAACAGCCUCCCAAGUUCCCAGGAUGUUUUGGGGCUGAGGCGCCAGCAUGGGAGCACACAAGGAAUCUCGAGCCAGUGGCAGGAGUACUCAUGCCAGCGGUGCCUGCGUGGUCCAUUCCUCAGUGCCCUGAGCCCAUGCCCUCCGUUAUACAAACAGGCCCAAAUGCCAGCUCACCGAUGGGUCUUCAGAAGAGUGGUUCUGUCAAAGUCCUAAGAGCAUAAUUCCCUUUUCGUUCCUGGUUUGCUCCCUUCCCUAGACCGUAGGACCACUCUCGGGAUGGAGAGCGCCUUGAUUCUCUUCUGCUCUGUAACAGGCUUAUAGUCCAGGGGCCGGGCUUCCCCACUUGCUGGCCUUGUGGCCUUGGCAGCCACAUCACCUUUCUGAGCCUCAGUGUCCUCAUCUGUGCAUGAGAGGUGACGCUGCUUUCCUUACAUCGAUGCUUAUCAGUGUCUCUGGCUCUCCGGGGUUCCCCUGCCCGUGGGCUCAGCCACCCAUUGUCCUUGGAGUGCUGUGGCAGGAUCCCCUGCACCUCCCAGGCGAGGGGAGGAGGUGGAGGAGACUGAGGGCGCAGCCCAGGGGCCUGCGCUGGGAUCCCAGAUCAGAGCACUCUGCCGUCAGGCCCAGGUUUGUCUUCCUGGACCCGUCCUGUCAGUUCUCAUUAUCAGGAAGUGCAAUUUGGAUGACUGAUCUCUGCCCAUGGGUGCUGGAGGUGGAGGGUUUAGUUUUGCAUGCUUGUCAGGAGCCAUUAGCUCCCAAACGCCAGAGGGGUGGUCUUACCUGGUCAGCCUUCUCUUGAAGAAGGCCAGAAGUGGGGAGGAGGGCUAGGCCAUCCGUGGCUGGCCAGAGCAGCCCGCUAAGUGGAGGUGGGCUUGUUUUCCAGAGCAGCCUCAGUUCCCAGUGACCAGUCAGGCUGCCGGCCAGGGAGUGACACCUGGCAUUCAUCACCUCAACCACAAAUGGAACUGGCCUGGUACUGAAUGUCCCGGCUGCUUGGGGCAAGUGCCAGCUUUGCCAGCCACCAUGGAGGUCCAGGGACUCCACAUCCCGAAGCCUCCCUGGUGGGGGUAGGGUGGGGAGUGGCAUUAUCAGGAGUGAGGUGCAAAUGUACAUUGGAAUUCCAGCUAUGUUAUCAUGUGAGCCUUGGGUCAUGCGAUGAGGGUAUUCCAGGGUGGAGGAAAGUGUUUGGGGGAGUCUGGCCCCAGAGGACAGGGCCCUCCACCCCUCCCGUCCUUCCCUCAGCACAUAUUUGUCAGAGCCCUUGGUACCAGGCACUAGGCCGAGCAGCACAGGGAGCAGAGGAGAGGACAGCCCGGCCCGGGCUGCAGAGCUCCCAGUCUGGGCCUUGUUGCUUGCAUGUCUGCACAGAGGCCCUUGGGGGCCAGAGCUGGCGCUGGAGUGAGAGGGUCUGGAGAAGCUGCUGUGCAGAGGUACACUUAAGCCUUAAAGAAAGGGUAGGCAUUCCCCAGGCAGGGACAGUUGGUGGGCAUCUCAGGUGGAGGGGACAGGCUAGGCAAAGCCCUGGAGAUGCAGAAGAGCCUGGGCAGGACUCGCGCCCUGCAGAGGAGCUGAGACUCAGUUCUUAGUGACGGGGCCACUCUCAGGCACCCGCCUGUAUGCUUAAACCCCACUUCCACCCUGCAAAUCCACAACACUUCACGAUUUAAGAAAGCCUGCGCGUUCGCCUCGGGACAGCCCCACGGGGUGGCCAGGGCAGAGACCACCAUCCUCGUUCUCACCUUAGGGUAGAGGAAGCUGACCGACCAGCUGAGAAUGGAGUGGAGGCAGAGGACUCCCAGCCCAGUGUCUCCCCACCCGCUCCCAAGCACUCCUUACACCAGCCAGAAGGUCAUCGGUGUCGAACCUGAAGCGACUGUAGAGGCCUGCCUGGUCCAGUCCCUUUGCUUCAUGGCUGGGGAGACUGAGACCCACAGGGGAUUUGUGACUGACCAGCUCCCCAGCUGGCAGCUGACCACACUGACGAGAGAUGGCGACUGCUUCCCACUGUGGGGACCAGGCAGAUCCCUGGACCAGCCUAAGCUGCCACCCACCUGCCCCUUCACCAAAACCCCCUGCACCCGUGGCAAUCCAAGAUGGCGCCUGCCUCCCUCACCUCCUCGCAUCCAUCCAAGUCCCCUCCAUGGCGGAUGCCCCCACCCGUGAAGCAGUCUUGCAGAGGUCCUGCCUCAUGGCUUUUGAACACUGCCCUCAUCCCCUCCUUCUGCAGAACUCUCCCUCUUCCCCUCUCCAGCCUGACCUGACAGGGCGUCAGACCCUUGGCGCCCUCUCAAGCCAUCAGCACACACGUUGGCCCCAGCGCCAACCAUUGACCCCUGCUACACUCACUCUAGCCUCGGGGAAGUGAAAGAUUGAGCUUUUAGAAGUUGGCAAGAAAACAUCACCCUCUAACACAGUUUACUGUUUGGAAAGGCAAGCAGCGGGGGAAAGGGAUGAAAAAUCUCAUUAAAAGGGUUCUUUAGGCACUUUGGACUGUGAAUGACUCUUUGCAAUUUCUAGUUUCAUGAGUUUUUGCAAAGGAAUCUGGACAAGAUGAGGGAAACAGGACUCCAAAGACCAGAGGGUUUGCUGCUGAGGGCCGGGGAGGCAGGGAGAACGCCAGGGCCUCCUCGUACACAGGGCAGGCUCUGCCUGUUCUGGGCACCCCCCAGGGAUGGGGGCAGACAGAGUGGCCUUCCUGAGGCCUCAGCAGGGAUGCCCCUGCUCCUUUGACAAGGGCCCAGCCCUGUUCUCUUUAAGCACUGAGAGCCCCAACUCCAGUGGGGGACAUGGCCCCAGGGAGCCCUCACAAAGGGGCCUUCAGCUUUCAAAUCCCCAAAGGCAAACUUCACAGCAUCCUUGCAAAUGUGUGGCCCAGAUUCUGACCUCAAGAGACAUUUCUGGGGUCUGACCUUUUCCCAUCAGGGUACAACUCAGCCCUGAUCACUCAGGAGCCUUCCUCAGCCCAUAAGCUCUGCCCUUUCCGUGUCUUGUUAUUUAAUGGGCUCCAGUCUCCAGGAGUUCAUAGCCCAAUCGGGGAAGAAGUGGUAUUUACACGAGUAACUCAGAUACUCAUAGAACGUGUUUAAGGCUCCCCAAGGCAGAAAAUGCUCAGGGCUGUGAAAGACGGAAGGAACCAGAAGAGGGGUUGUUUGAAGGCCGGGCAGAUCUUAGACCUGUGCACAGGGUAGAGAGGGCAGCCAGGCAGAGGGAAUGGUACAGAGGCAGGAAGUGCAGAGCUUGUGUAAGAACAACAGAUGACAUUGAUGGGAGCCAAGGAGACGGGUGGCCCUAGUCAUCAGGCUGAGGAACUGGGGACUCUAACCUGUAGGGCAGGGAGCGUUCCUGAAGGUUUUGAGCAGCGUCGCAGUCAUGUCCCAGAGCUGUAUUCUAGAACCAUUCAUGAACCAGGGUGUCAAAUGGAACACUACUCUGCCUCCCUCUCCCCGACAUGUCCACAGAUAUGCCACCCGAGCUAGCACAGUCCAAGAGGUGGGCAGCACGUGGCCACACGUCCCAAGGGGAGAUCCAGGGCAGCCCUUUUAAAGAUGUAGAGGGAAGGGGCUUUCCUGGUGGUGCAGUGGUUGAGAGUCCGCCUGCCGAUGCAGGGGACACGGGUUCGUGCCCCGGUCCGGGAAGAUCCCACGUGCCACGGAGCGGCUGGGCCCGUGAGCCAUGGCCGCUGAGCCUGCGCGUCCGGGGUCUGUGCCCGCAACGGGAGAGGCCACAACAGUGAGAGGCCCGCGUACCACACACAAAAAAAAAAGUAGAGGGAAAAGCAUGGGUUCUGCAGCCAGAGAUACCUGGGUUCGAACCCUAGCUCCAUCUCUUACCUGCUGUGUGGUUCUCGGCCAAUGACUUUACCUCCCUGAUCAUCACCUAGAAAGCCACGUAGGCCACUCUCAUGAAGUUGUUGUAAUAAUUAACGCAGCUCAGCAGGUAUAUGCCAGUCUCCGCUCCUCCCAGCUUUCCCGGAGCCUUUAGAAAUUGCCGUGGAAGCAGCAAGGUGGACAGGGCUGCACCAGGUCAGGCGCCCUCAGGGUGCGUCUGGGCUACAUCUGCUUCUGGAUGACACGGGCGAGUGUCUUCCCCGUUCCCACAGAAAGAGGGUCUGGCAUUUGAUUUGUAAAUUUGCUUCCAGGUCCAAGCUGUCUUUCUGCUCAGUCCUAAGCGUGGUGGGAAGGAGGGAGCCGGACAAGAAGAUGCCUCCUGCUCUGAUUGCUAAACGAGGCCCGUCAGGUUCCUGCUUGGAGCUGGGGGUCUGUGCUGACUGCUGGGCAGCCAGUCUUCACCCAAAAGAUGCUUCCUGGGAGGGUGGUGAGCGUAGCAGGGCCAGAGGAGCUGAUGGGCUGCGUUCCAGGGGCUCUGGGGGCACAUUUCUGUUAGAGUUGUUUUUCUUUCUUCUCUCCCCUCGUUGAUUUAUAUAGUAGAGGAGAGAGUUUUCAAACAGUAGGCAUGUCUGGGUCUAGGCAGGCGGGCCAGUGAUUAAUCUUAGUUUGUUGCUGCUGACAGCCAGGAGCAAGAAAUAAUAAAGGUUUGCGGGGCGGGGAGAGGCGGGGGAUGAGGAAAGGCUGCUCGCCCUGCGAUCAUUGGCAGGGAGCACGGACUUCAUUUCCUUCUGCCGUCUGAGCACCCCUUGUCGGGUCGACAUCUGAGGCUCCAGCCUCUCAGCUCCAUGGGGGCUGCUCCCAUGGUCAAGCCCCCAGGGUGGUCCCCCAGACCACAGUAGAGCCUCCCCGGCCGUUGUUGGGUUCCCUGCCCAGCAUGACCUCCUGCUCCAGGAUGUAGGACUCCAUCACCACCACUUGCUCUCCUCUCCAGCCUGCCCUUGAGGGCAGAGCUUCGAGAAAGGCAGGUGUGUGCCACCCGGGGCACUGCUCUGCUGACCAGGGCCCUGGGUUCCUGGCUGCCUGCUCCCGUGACUCUGCACCUCUCUGAGCUGCCAGGUGGGUGUGAGGGCUGGAGAAGGGGGAGUACAGAAGAAAGAGAGGUGGGGGUCAGGCAGACCGGCACAGGGGUAGCUGACUGACUCCAGGCAGACAGUGAUGGCAGGAAGGGGUGGAGUGAGGAGGGGUUUUGACAUGGGCCUUGGGAAGUGAGGAGGGUUGAGGCAGUUGGGGAUGGGCAGGGUAAGGAGCUGCCCAUUCUGAGGAAACAGCAGCCCAGGAGGACAGAAGCUGCCUACUUUCCAAUCCACAGUUUUCAAUAUAUCCCAUCACUAACUCCUCCCCAUCUCCCCAGGAUAGAGGCAGCUCUGUGCAGCAGAAGACAUGGGCUCUGGAUCAGUCUGGAUUGGGCUCUUGAACCCCAGCUCUACCACUUACUAGCAGGGUGGCCUUGGACAAAGGGACUUAACAUCUCUGAGCCUCAAUUUCCUCAUCUAUAAAAUGGGUUUUACAGAGGUAUUCCUGAAGAGAUGAUAUACGUGAAGUGCUUGGCAUGUGCCCAGCAGGCAUUAAGUGAGUGUGGUAGCCCACUGUCUUUGUUACAGACUUUGGAGAGCCAUGGGUUAUUGAGGAAAGAGCUUGGUGUGGUCCAGAGCCUUGAGAAUUGUCUGGAUCUGUCCAUGCCCGCAGCUACUCCCCUUUAUGGUGGUGGGAUUUUAGAAUUUAUGCAGGCUGCAACUUGAGAAAAUCCUGCCUUGUUAUGACUGAGACUCAAAUCACAGGGCUAGAGUCAAAUCCAGACUGCCCUUGUUCUGGCUGUGUGACCUUGGGUAAGUCACUUAACCUCCCUGAUCUCCCAGUUCUUGAUCAGUACCUGAAGAUGAUGACCACUUCAACAGGCAUUCCUUUCUGUCCCCCUCACUGUCCUGCUGACCCCUAUCUCUCCCUCCACAUCUUCAGACAUUAUGAGUCGAUUACAAGAACCAGAACCUGGUCCAGGACAGUAGCUCUCAUACAUUAAGUACACUUGAGCAGAAAUCUUGGGAUUUAGGGAACAGAAAGAGACCUUUUACAUCACCUGGCCCAAUGCCCUGUACAGGUGGAGAAACUGAGACCAGAAAGAGGAAGAAGCUUGUUUGCCUCCUGGCUUCCCAUGCAGGCCCUGUUUUCUGGCAGCAUUUGCAUUGGCCUGAGACAAAGGGCAGGCAGGGGAGAGGGGCCGUCUGCCUCUUUGCUCUCACUACACAGAGGAUUUCACAUCCUUUCAGGACUGAUGGAGGGAAAAUGAACUUUCUGCUCAAUUAGUGUGCGACGUGUUUUCUCCUUCUAAAAGGUUUAAAGGAAGUGGUGCAAUUAGGAGCUCCUCCAACGCGCCGUGCAGGAGACUAAAUGAAAACAGUGAACUUCAGAGACAGAGGUUUGCAGACCGUGGAGGUGUCUGGAAGGCAGAUGGGGGUGAAGCGCUGGCUGCUGAGGAGGCUGCAACAGCUCAGCGAAGGACUAGGGCAGUGGGAGUAGAACAGAGGCCGUGUCCUGGUAGAACUGAAGAGGGUGAGAAACAGCGAGAAGUCAGGGGCCUCAUCCAGAUUCCUGAACAGCUGGGUGAGUGGUGGCACCACCAGCUGCAACAUGGACCUGGAAUGGUUUUGAAAAACCCAGGAAACUCGUCCUAACUCAGCUGCCCAAAACCAGAGGCAAGGGGUACCCACACUCACACUGCCAACCCAUUGUCCAGAGUACCCACCAGCCUGGCAGUGCCCAGCGUGCCUGCUGAUGGGCUGGGUUUUCCCUUCCUGACUUGCUGCAUCUCCCCUCCCAGCCAAGCACACGGCAUUGCCCUUUGCUCCCCCGAGAGCUCCCUGGUCCCCUCCAGAGUCAGAGCCACCCUGAUUACAUUUCCAGCUGGUUUUUAAUUAUCUCAUAUCAGCCCCCAUAAAUCUCUCCGUAAGGCUCGCCUGCCGUGGGAGGCGUUCCAACUGUUGCCAGGAAGCCUCUUGUGCCCUGGGACAGCUUCCCUUCUGAGGCACUGGGUGGUCUCUUCAAAUGAGAAAAAUAUUUCUUUCCAAUCACAUUUCUAACAUCUUGUUAAUAGGACUUAUUUAAUAAUACUUUUGCAAAAGCCAUCUGGGAAUGGCUUGAUUGAGAGGGCAUGUGGGGUGCAGCAAGGACAGGCCAUGGUGACAGAUACAGACCUUGUAUCUGCCAUCAGCAGAUACAGCAACAUGGAGAAAGAUGCAGUCAGGGACCAGAGGACCAGGGCCUGAAUCACUGCUUCCACCAGCCACGAGGGUCACCCAGCAAGUUAUUUCACGUCUCUGAGCCUCAGCCCCGAGGCUCAGGGAGACAGCGGAAGGGAAAGCUCUUAGUAAACCCUGAGUGUCUGUAUGAAUGCAGGUGGUGUUAUUUACAGAGCCUUGUGCUUUCCCCGGGGGAGUAUUGGGGGUCUUACUUUGCUAACAGCUAGGUAAAUAACUCAAAGCCCCGCCCCCCGCCCCCCCCCGCCCCCCUCCCAGAGGCAUUUGGCGGGGCUGGAAGCAACCAGCUUCAUUCAGUAAAAUCCCAAGGUUUCCUGUUCCCCAUACCCUCAGGCCCUUGCAGCCAGAAGGCUCUUGAAUCAUCCAGGUCAAGACCCUGGCUUUCGGAUGAGAGAAACAGGCACAGGAAGGGAAAAGGACCUUCCCAAGGUCCCGCAGCGAGUUGCUGGCAGAGCCCAGAUGUCUCAACUCCCAUCCCAGGGUUAUUACCCUUCUGAGCCCAUAACACUAUAUUUUCUCUCCCAUUUUCUCCAUAAACAUUCUUGGUAUUUGCGGCAGAUUUAUACAAUCGGAUGUCAGAUUUUAUAGCUCUCGUCUUUGCUCCCACAGUUCAAACGCUAAAGCUAUAAAAAUGAUAUUUUGCUGUGUAUGAAUGUGGGUGUGUCACACUCACACGUGCACACACUUCCAUUUUGUGCCUCGAAUCUGCCCUUUUCCGAACGAAAUUGGGUCAUUUGUAGAGACGUGGAUGGAUCUAGAGACUAUCGUACAGAGUGAAGUAAGUCAGAAAGAGAAAAACAAAUAUCGUAUAUUAAUGCAUAUAUGUGGAACCUAGAAAAAUGGUACAGAUGAACCGGUUUGCAGGGCAGAAAUAGAGACACAGAUGUAGAGAACAAACGUAUGGACACCAAGGGGGGAAAGUGGCGGGGGGUGGGGGUGCGGUGGUGGUGGGAUGAAUUGGGAGAUUGGGAUUGACGUGUAUACACUAAUAUGUAUAAAAUAGAUAACUAAUAACCCGCUGUAUAAAAAAUUAAAUUCAAAAAAAAACCCUACGUUUUUCUGGGCAGCCCUCCCCCAGUGAGCAGCCCCCAUCCUCCUUCCAGCUAAGGGUGCUUUCUGCCACUUUUAAUACCUUUUUUUUUAAGGAUUGUUUCACCUAGGAGGAAUAUCAGAAACAAUUGGUUUUGGCAAAGCUGGCUUAUUAGAAAUGUUUUAAUUAGAACUUUUUUUCUUUCUCUAUUUUCCUUUUGAAAAUCUACACGCUGCUCACGGCCCUGGGCGGCUUGAGGAUCAGCCUGUCACAUUCUCAGCACAGACUUUCAGGGCAGGGGCAACAGUUCAGCAGUGUAGGUGUCACUGCUGCGUUCCUACCAGGCACCAGGCCUUUGACUGGAUGGGGAGACAGAGGCACAUCAGAGUCUAAGCUUGUAGUCCAGGCACGGGGACAAGAAUAGGUGACUACUGUGAUGGAGGGAGGUGUAGCAGAGAAUGAGUAAGGGAGGAAGAAAGUGAGUCUGACUGGGGGCAUCUCAGAAGGCUUCCUGGAGGAGGUGGCAUGUGAGCAGGGCCUAGGACAAUAAUAAUGUAUUGGGAAGUAACAGAAAGGUAGAAGGAUGAUUAGGUUUGGUAUUAGAGGAGAGGUCUCUGCAGUGUCCCCUCUCCCUGUGGUGCUAACUCCCUGUGGUGCCAACUUUUCAAUUGUCCCCUCCACAUAAGCCCCCCAUGGCCCAGGUGACUAAUAAUAUUGUGGACGGAGAUGUACCUUGUAAACUCUGAAGUCCUAGUCAGCUCUCUCUCUGUCUCCCUACAGCUUCUGCAUCUCUGGUCCUUUAUCUUUUCCACAAUUCCUUCCCACUCCCCAACUUGCCAAGGAGUAGCCACAUGCCCCUCAUUUCCACCUGACACUAAAGGUGUGUACCCCACCCUAGCUGAACACAGCCUCCCAAGGGAAAAUGCAUUUACACGGUGCUGGGCAGGCGCUUUGCAGUCCCUGGUACCUGGUGUUAGAAAUUGAAGAGGCUUCUGCAGCGUAUCCUCUGAGGCAGGUAGAAUUGUGCCAGUAACAAUGAUUAAAAACUUGGGGGGGGGCAGUAUAUGAGUUCUGACACAAGUGAUGAUGAAACCACUGAGGCGGCAAAUGCAUGAGGUGGUGUGUGCUGGGCACACCCACCUUUCAGAUUCAUGGUCUCCCAAUGGGAGCAUAAUCCCGUUUUGAGUUCAGAUUUUCAGGCUAGAAAAAUACUUUCUCCUGUCCUCAGUUGUUCCAGUCUUACCCCCUAAAAAUCUUCUGUGAUGAAACAAGGGUUGACUUUUACUUUUGUGGAAGUUGUGCUUUUAAAAAGCAAUCAGUUCCGAUAGUAAGUAACUUUUGGGAACUCAAUUACUUGCAGCCAUGCUGAAAAAAACUGUAAUUAACGUGGUCAAACCCUAGCCAAAUAAUAAAAUGAAAGCUUUGUUGUGUAUCAAGGCAGAAAUCAAUUUCAUUAGGGAGCAAAGAGCCAGAGAUUUAAUUUUGAGAAAACUCUCCACCCUGUGGACAGAGGUUGUCAAGAAGCUGCCAGAAUGAAUGCCCAACAUGAGAGGAUUCGCCCUCCAGAACCCAGAUUACUAAGGGCUGGCAGUGACCUUUCAGAAUUACAUUUGCAAACCUUCCAAGUGUGGCCACAGCCAGUGGGGCUUUUGCUUCUUAAUGUUCUUGGACUGGUGCCCCUUUUGGUUUGGUCAAGAGGUGCAUGUUGUCUGCACCCACUGACACUUGCAUGCCAAUGAGAUCCUGUCCCUUGGGAUGGGGAGGAGGAAGAAGACAGAGGUGGACUCUGGAGGUCGGAAGACACCAGAAAGGAGUUCAGCGAAGACUCAGAGUGUCCACAUGGUGAUGGAGUCGUGUCCAGACAGCAGGGCUAAUAGCCAAGUGGGACAUACCCACUGGGGACACUGUCCGUUUGCAGGCCAGCAUGUGUAUGAGAGAUUGUGAGCAGCAGGGGGGACCAGGAUGAGAGAGGACAGCUGGAGAGGAGCAGCCUCAGGUCUGCGCCUGCUUCUGUAUUCCGCUCUCCAGGGGGCCUUCCCACGGGCAGGCAGAGCAGCUGUGACCUGCUGGAAUGUGCUAAG